GCAGAUGAGAAAGCAACAAAGUCUGCUGUUGAGGAGACAGCUUCGAAGAAGGCAGAAGCAAUGCAGGAGAAACCACAAGGGUCUCGGUUGGCACUUGUGCCACCCAACGACAAAGAUGCAAAGAAGGCAGAAAAGAAGGCAGCGCAAAAGGCAGAGAAGAAGGCAAGGAAGGCAGCGAAGGCAGCAGCAAAGGAAGAUGCAGAAAGGGUGCUGAAGGCGAAAGAGCAGAAGAAUCAAGAGAAAGGAAAAGAUGCUAAGGACCCGUUGUCAAAGUUGGAGAAGACAACCACAAUGGCUUCCUUGGAUCUCUUGUCGUCACCAUGCACACCACUCAAGGCAAGAUCCUUGUCCUUUUCCCAGGCUGAUGAUGAGCCAUCUACUGGCAAAAAAGCCCGGGUGAAAGAGCUAACUGAAGAACAGAAACAAGAGCUGGCAUCGAUGUCGAAGCCAUCUGAUAUGGAUCCUUCGGAACGUAAACGUCAGUACAGUGCCCUGAGAAGGGCUAUCAUUAAAGAUGCCAAUCCAGCUUUGGUGGCCAAAUUUUCCUUGGCAUCGGACGCAGAGCGGUUCAACAUGCUCAAGGCAUGGAUGGCCAAUCCCAACACGGGAGACUUGGAGAUCGAGGAACGAUACGUUCGGUGGGUCCAAGAGUUACGAACUGACAGAUUUGUCACUGUGACCCUUUUUCAGCUUGAGAAGAUGUUCGGUAAGGGCAAAGAUGCGAAAGAGUUCAUCAGCGAACUGUGCCAAGGGCACCUGGUGGAUGAGAGACUUGUCUGCCACAGCUCGAUCACGGGUCUUUUCCUGAUUGCCGACAGGGUUAAGAACCUCCAGAAAGACGUCCCGUUGUGCAUUGCGGAAAUCAAGAACUUGGGUGUUCGCAAUUGCAGUGAGUUGGUGAGAUCGCUUGAGACCUACGAGAAGCCGUUGGUAAACAUGCUGGAUAAAAUUGAAGAGGAGCUGAAGGUUGCAGCGUCUGAUGUAGACGCCGUGAAACUGGUAGAUUUCAUCAACGCUGAGAAAACAGGAUGCCAAGAUGUUGUGAAUGAUCUUAAGGACGCCAAACGGCGCGUUUCAGCUGAGAAGAGAUCACAGGGGCUGAACAAGCCUAGGAAAGCUGCAGUAGCAGAAGCAGCUCCCGUUGAAUCGGACUCCGAAGGACGGUCUGUGACCAACAGAUCUCUCGAGCCUGUGUGGCCGGUGUUGUUUGACCAACAGUUGCCACUCGGUAAAUAUUGCGGCUCUGGUGGCGUUAUUCAGCAUUUUGCGGAAGAGAUUGCCGGCGAAGUAUCUCCCGAGAAACCUUCGCAACCUUGUCGAUGUAAGUGCUGGCUCGCCGGAGAACUACCCUCGAGCAUUCUGGCGGUGGCUGCACCAGCAGCCAUGGCGGAAGAUGCUUCCAAACCCUGUAGAGCUCUCUACGGUCUGCAGUUCUUUGCCUGGCGUCAAUCUGUUUUAGGAGUGCAUACGUGGGUGCAGUUGCCUGGCUGGGGCAUCCAGGUGCUAUGCCACGACUGGUUACAUGUGGUUGAUCUGACGUUGGUACCGGAGGCAUCAGCUUCAGCGCUCUUGGAACUUUGCCAUGAAGGCAUCUUUGGUCUGGGGAACCUUGAUGAGAAACUCCGACGGGCCCAUAUCCUCUUUGUGAAGGCUUGCAGGGCUGAGAAAGUUCGAAGCAGUGGUGAUGGCAAAGUGGCUACGUGGUAUUUGCGUUUCUGUGGCCGCGCGCUUCGCGCAGCAGUCUUUGUGAACCUCACUGCAAUGAGAGAGUAUAUGUCUGGCCCUGCCAACAGCAUUGCGCUGACACCGGAGAACUUGGCAGGUUUAGCAUUGGAAGCGAUCAAUGCGGGCAAACUUCUUUGGAAGGUCAUUCCCUUGGUCACUGGCAUCGCGAUUGCCUUAGGCUUGGACUAUGAUAUCUUCCUGGUGAGCCGCAUCGUGGAGUUUCGAGUGCAGCGCUACUCAGACCGCGCCAGCAUUUUCCGAGGUGUGCUGAAAACCGGAGAUGUGAUCUCUGGCGCCGGCCUCAUCAUGUCCCUGGCGUUCUCAGGUCUGAUCUUUUCCGACAAGAUCUUCUUCCAGCAGUUCGGGGUCUUGAUCAUCACCAGUGUCCUGCUGGAUACCUUCGUGGUCCGCACGGUCUUGGUCCCUGCCUUGAUGCUCAUUGCGCAGCAUUGGAACUGGUGGCCCCGCAGUAUGCCGCCACCCAUCCACGACGUCUUGGAGGGUGAGGUUGAGAGCUGUGGUGGUUUGAGCCGUCCAAUCCUGGCCCAAACUUCCCUGGAUCGGAUGUGGCAAGGCGCACACUGA